GCUUGUUGCUUCAACCCGAGCCUUACAAGUAGUUAGCGAUCUAGCGUGUAGCGAGUGAUAGCUUACUCCUGCCUUUCUCUAAAAUACAUUUCGAAAGCGAAAAAGUUUGCUGCUCAAAAUAAAUAGUGAGAAGCCUCAGUCGACGACCAUUUUUGACCGUCCUGUCUCGAACCGUGGGUCCCGUUCUAACCGAAAUAGCGCUCUGGAGAAGCGGUGGUGACAGCUGGAUGUGACAGGUUCGUCAUCAGAUCACAGACAGAAAGUGCCUUGUGAGACAACAUCCCUUCCUGAAGAUCCCCGGGUGUUUCUGAAGAGCAGUCCCUCUGCAGCCGUGGCAGUACAUAGAUCAGCCGCAAACACCCUUGACCUUUUGGUUGUUCCUUACCUGUGCUUAGUGCGAAGAGGUGGAGCUACUGCGCUGCUGGCCAAGGUGCCAAAGCUCAGAGAGAGUAGGUACUGAAGACUUUUAAACAAUAGAACGCCACAAACUCUGUGUUGUCCAAAACUGUGCCAUUGCAUCUCAAAAUAGCGCCACUUUUGCUGACCAACAUCCACCUCUGAACAGAUAUCAUCAGUCAUACAAAGGACAUUUUGGGGACAACCACUAGAGCUUGGUUCCGAGCAUGCCCCCUCUGCCUUGUCAGAGGUCUGCACUUGAGACUUACUGAUUGAUGAACAAUUAGCUGUUUGACUGACACACUCCACAACAGCAGUGCAAUCCCAUGCUCCGGUCACAGAGACCUUGCCAGUCCAUUACCUCCACUCUCCUGUCCGCAAGGACAAACCUCAUCCACUGACCUGAAGCAGAUCGUUUAUAUCUACAUGUUUCAUCAGUUUUAGUUGUUGUGUGUUUGAUUUUUUUUCUACUGGAACACUCUGAAACCCCUCCUCAGAGAAUAGACUCCUUCUUAAACCAAGUGGCUCCACUCCACCCCAGCUUCACAGCCGGUGCCGCUAACAUGGCUCUAAACAUUGCCUCGAUACGGGACACAAAAUGGCUGACCCUGGAAGUGUGCCGGCAGUUUCAGAGAGGGACUUGUUCACGCAGCGAUGAGGAAUGCAAAUUUGCCCACCCACCCAAAAGCUGCCAGGUGGAGAAUGGGAGGGUUAUUGCCUGCUUUGACUCGUUAAAGGGCCGCUGCACACGAGAGAACUGCAAAUACCUCCACCCGCCCGCUCACCUGAAGACCCAGCUGGAGAUCAACGGGCGAAAUAACCUGAUCCAGCAGAAGACAGCGGCCGCCAUGUUGGCUCAACAGAUGCAGUUCAUGAUCCCCGGCACCACCAUGCAACCUGUGCAGACAUUUCCAGUCAGUCAGGGCCUGGGUUCCAGUGCGGGUUUGAGCUACACACCCUACCUGACUCCCAUGUCCCACAGCAUGGGCCUGGUGCCCACAGACAUCCUGCCCAGCACCCCCUGCAUCGUCCCCGGUAGCCCGCCCGUCUCCAUGACCGGCAGCUCCUCCUCCAACCAGAAACUGCUGCGUACCGACAAGCUGGAGGUUUGCCGCGAGUUCCAGCGCGGCAACUGCGCUCGCGGUGAGACUGACUGCCGCUUCGCCCACCCGAGCGACAGCCCCAUGAUCGACACCAGCGACAACACAGUCACCGUCUGCAUGGACUACAUCAAGAGCCGCUGCUCCCGCGAGAAGUGCAAGUACUUCCAUCCCCCGGCCCACCUGCAGGCCAAGAUUAAGGCCGCCCAACACCAGGCCAACCAGACAGCUGUGGCAGCGCAAGCCGCCGCCACAGCUGCAGCCAUGACUCAGUCGACUGCCAAAGCAAUGAAGCGACCCCUCGAGGCAACUGUAGACCUGGCGUUCCCCCACGGCGUCCUCCAGCCCCUACCAAAGAGACAAGCACUUGAGAAGAGCAACGGAGCGAGCUCCCUGUUCAACCCCAGUGUUUUGCACUACCAGCAGGCGCUGGCCAACGCACAGCUCCAGCAGCCUCAUUUCUUUCCCACAGGGUCAGUCUUGUGCAUGACUCCUGCUAGCAGUCUUGUCCCAAUGAUGUACAGUGCUACGCCUGCUACUGUCUCUGCAGCAACAACUCCUGCCACAAGUGUCCCCUACGCAGCAACAGCACCAGCCAAUCAGAUCAUCCUGAAGUAAGUGUCACAAAGGGAAUGGAGUGUCACGAAGCUGCACUAGGAAACCCAAAACAGCCCAUGUGUAAAUACUACCUUACCUCUCCCAUAGAGGUCCAGCAACCUGCAUGCUAAGAGUGUAACACUUCAAUUUAACCGUAAGAACUGCAGUGCCGGUGUAACACACACACACACACAAAAAGAUAUAUACUGUAUGUAUUGCUAGAAAAAAAAUAUUAACAUGAAAAAGUCAAAAAUAUUCUUAUGUAUAGUACUACAUACAUAGCAGACACACUAUAGAGGUCAUUUUACCAACUGUUCACCCAGAGUACCGUGGAUCCCCUCUCUUUCAUAUUUAUUCUAAAAACCGCUGCACAAUGUUCAUCCCUUUGGAUAGUAAUGAAAAAGAUGAUUGAUUUGCACUAUAUGAGAACUUUAGUGCUUAAUGUUGAAGUGGAAACCAGGAAGAGUCACAGAAAAACCCGUGCACAACCACACCGACGCACUCUGUGCUUUGAAGAGGGUUUUCAAUCUUUGCUUUUCUCUCUACAAAGUUGAAUGUCCUUGGGGCAGACGGGCUCAUGUUUUCUUAAUGUGACUGUCCCAACGAGGGUAACUCUGUGGCCCUCAUCUGCCCCAGAUGCUGUUAAGAUGCCAUGAUGAAGCUUAUGCUCCCCUCCCCCCUCCCCCCGUCCUGCCAACUUUUCAUCUCCGGAAACAUCUUGCCAAAGUUGCGGUUUGGAAGAGGUCAGUGGAAUCAACCUGCCAGAACACAAAGCCACAUUUUAACACCCUGAUUAAAAAAAAUUUUUUUUUCUCUUUUGCCAUUGCAAAAGCUGCUCACAACGCACCCUUUAUUUGCUUCAGUGCUGGGUUCUUUGUUCAGGAGGAGUGGUGGGAUAGAUUGUGCAGGGAUUUUUGCAUGUAGUCGGGACUGGGGAAGACAGUGCCCAGUGUUGACAGAAGAUAGUCGUGGCCAUUACCGAAAAGCCUAAAGGCUUGGGUCUCUGCCCAGGGCUUAACAAAGCUUGAGGGCUCGUUCCAGACAAACCAAGCCUUGUGUGUGUGUGUGCAUGUGUGUUCGUAUCUGGAGACGGAUGGUCUGCCGGCAGACUGGGACUUGAAGCGAGGUCUAGCGGGUGAUGAUGAUACCGGGCCUAGAAGGACAGGUUUUGGGGGGGUGGGUGAGGGACUUAAGUGCUAAGACUAAACAAACAAAAAAAAACGGUGCAUUUGACGAUGCUCGUCAAGCAAAAGAUGACUUGAACUUCGACUGGAGGGCUAUCUGUGACCGUCGGUUGUCCUGUCCAACCCUACUAUCACCGAUAAUCCUGUUCCAUUUUAGAAAACUGUAGAAGUGCCUAAAAAAUGCUCAUCAACAACACAUGCAUCCAGAGCGUAUCACUAAAAGUCACAGACACAACACACUGGCUGUCAGAAGCUCCAUGGACUUCUCCGGAAAGACAUCACAUUUUGCGAAUCGUUACUGGAAGUAGUUUUCUAGUAACUGUUCAUUAACAUCACAAGUGACUUUAUCGAAUCAAAAGAAGUUAAAGAAACGACAAAUCAAAAAUAGCUUUGUAGAAUGUUUGGUGACUUUCAUGGUGUACCAUCGUUUCUUACCAUGGUUUGAGUAGUUUACAUGAGGAACGUGAGUGAGAAAAAAAAUGUAUUGUAAACCGUGUAAUGUAUGUUAAGUGUCUCUUAUUUUGAGAGUUUAUAUUCAUGGUUCUAGAAAUGUAUUCAAAGUUAUUUAAAAUUUGUGUUGUGUCCUAUUAUCAAGGUAUGUUUGAACCCCCCCAAACCCUCCACCAUCUCCACCUUUACCCAGAACAAUCAUCUGUCUUUUAGCCCAGAUCAUAAAUUCUUAUUAUAUUAAUUUAGACCAACCCUUUCUUCUUUUUGUUUUUUUGCAUUUUAUGAAUAGCUUAUUUUAACUCAUGAUACUAAAUCUUAUUUUCCCUUUUUUCAAAAAUUCUGAUGUAAGUUCAUGGUGCUUGAUUAACAUUGACAAUCCACAAUCAUACCUUGGAACAAGAGUGCUUCACUCUAGUUUCGCAUUUUGGUUCCAUUCACUCUGAUUGUCUUCACAUACGUUAUGAUUUGUGUGUAAUAUUUGUGGAAGGUGGUAAAAGUUCUAUUUUGUUGUAAUUUAUCUUAUGUUACUCUUGGUCAAAUUUAAGUCAAAACAAUGUUGUUAACUAUUCUAUUUUGAAAUGAAUGUAAUUUAUUGAGCUGUGCUACAUUCUGCACGGUUGGUCAUUUCAAGGUCUAACCUGUCAGGUCAGCGAAUGAGAAGUCGCACAUGUCUGUGGGGUGGGGUUUUAAAAGUCAACCCACCAAUUGAAAGCUACUGGAUCUUUCUUGCCUUCUCAUCGAUAAAAAGAUCACGGUGUUGCAGUAAUGAGCAUAGUUAUAGAGUUGCUUGUGUUGUUGGGAAAAAAAUGUUUAUUGUAUAGAUGACAUUUUACCAAAAAAAAAAGAGAAGAAAAUUUCAAAAAAGAUGUACUUUUCACUCUAGUAUAAUAGUAUUUCAUAACAAUAUUAAGUUGUUGCUGUGGCAACUGAGUGUUGCAAUUACUAAAGUUUGGUAUUUUUGUAAAUGACAUUGUUAUGUUGAUUUUCUGUUUCUUUUUGCUAGAACACUGUACACAAGGUAGAUUGUAAAGAAGAUAUGAACAUUUCUUAUUCUUCACUGAGAUUAUGACAAUGACCUAAUAUUUUCAUUAGCAAAUAACAGCCUCUAUAGUGCUGUGACUGUAACACUUAAAUAGAUUUAAAGUCAUCAAUGUUACAUAGAUUAUAUAUAAAUAUAUAUAUAAGAACUAAAUAAUCUAUAAAUUAAUAAGUUCAGAUGUACAACUCUUCCCCUGACACAGGACCUUUAGGUUCCACACUGAGACAUUUUAUUCACUAGAGUUAAGGAUUGCACUUUUCAUAUUGUUUAAGGAUGUGAUCUGUUUUUCAUUUGGUUUCGAGGUUUCUGGCCCCCUGCUAGUACAGUAAUUCUGUUUUAUCAAUCAAAAACAGAUACUACCGGUGAAUAACUUUAAUUCAACAUGUUGCAUGAGAAAACAAUAUUUUCUUUUCUUACUAAAUUAUAACGUACUGAAUGUUUCUAGUGGAAAAAAAAAGUCUGUACACAAAAAUGUCCUCAUUUGGUGACCCACAAUGCCCUUUGUGUAUGGAAUCCUCUUGAGAUGUAAUGUUUAUUUCAAAUGUGUUGGCAAUGAUUGACUGAUGGUAAAAAGAAAAAUGUAAGCACUUUCUGAGCAGUUGGUCAACUGAGCAGACUCAGCUUAUCCAAACACUUUGCCUUAUCUUGAGUCCAUCGUGCUUAAGGUUUUAUGUUUUUAAGAGCUCUUAUGAAAUUUAUUAAAGAGGCUUGAACGUGUCUCUCAUCUCAAAUCCCUAUUCAGUUUCAUUUCAAAUAUGUAUCUUUAUAUCUGAAAUCAUUUUUUAAGGUUUUAAUGUGCACAUCACAAAGCCAAAAGGGGUGACUGCAACAGAGUGUACAGUCAUUGAUCUUUACUUCUGGUCUCCAAAAUAUGUAGUGAGAUCUUUUUUUUUUGUCCCAUUGCCUUACAAUGGAACAGUUUGGAGCUUGUAAUUCACAGCUUUAGCCAGCAGAUGGCGCUACACUGGAGACUGCAGGUUAUGAAUGGUGACUGCCUGUGCCAUCGUUGUUGCAGUGUACCCAACCAACAAAGUAAAGACACAGAAAAAUAAAUUGUCAAGAAGACCCUCAUCAGAUUUAUAGUUUCAAUGUAAUCAUUUUUAAGUGUAUUCUUUUUGCAUAUAUUUUGUGCUAUUUUAUGUUUCUAUAGUCAAAUGUUUCUUUGGUUCCAGCAAGAUAGUGUAAAAUCUAUUGAAAGAAAGAAAUAAAGAAAAUCUAAGGAA